UGAGUAAAGAGAGGAGAGUUUCUACUGUGUGAGGCCUGUCUGCCCCUCUGACUGGGCUCUCCUCUCCUCCAGCAUGAUGCGACUGUGGCUCCCCAGAGGUCCCUGUGUGGCAGCUGUGGUCCUGACACUGAUGGCGCUGAGCCCUCCCAUGGCUUUGGUCCAGGACCUCCGACCUCGGUUCUUGGAAUAUGUUAAAUCUGAGUGUCAUUUCCUCAACGGGACGGAGCGAGUGCGGUUUCUGGAAAGAUACUUCUACAACCGGAAGGAGUACGUGCGCUUCGACAGCGACGUGGGCGAGUACCGCGCGGUGACCGAGCUGGGGCGGCCGGAUGCCGAGUACUGGAACAGCCAGAAGGACUUCCUGGAGCAGAAGCGGGCCGAGGUGGACACGUACUGCAGACACAACUACGGGGUCGGCGAGAGCUUCACUGUGCGGCGGAGAGUUGAGCCCAAGGUGUCUGUGCACCCUGCAAAGACACAGCGCCUGGAGCACCACAACCUCCUGAUCUGCUCUGUGAAUGACUUCUACCCGGGCGACCUUGAGGUCAGAUGGUUCCGGAACGGCCAGGAGGAGAAGGCUGGGGUCUCGUCCACCGGCCUGAUCCCCAAUGGAGACUGGACCUACCAGGCCCUGGUGAUGCUGGAGACGGUUCCCCAGAGCGGAGAGGUCUACGCCUGCCAGGUGGCGCAUCCCAGCCUGAGCAGCCCUGUCACCGUGGAGUGGAGGGCGCAGUCCACAUCUGCACAGAACAAGAUGCUGAGCGGAGUCGGGGGCUUCGUGCUGGGCCUGCUCUUCCUGGGAGGUGGGCUGUUCAUCUACCUCAGGAACCAGAAAGGACAGUCUGGACUUCAGCCGACAGGACUCCUGAGCUGAGCUGAGGGGACAAGGCUGAAGGAAGGAGUUCUCCCCAUCUCCAUGCCGUGGUGAAAACAUCCUGCUUGGCCCACAUUCCUCCAGAGACAGUGCUCCCAAGACCUGCCUCCUCCUGAUCCUGGACCCUGCCGACCUGUGCUCCUAGCCUAGCCCUUGCCUGGGCCUGGCAGCCGCAGGACACAAAGACUUCUCCUCACCUUUCCUGCUCCCUUUUGUCCCCAUCCUUUGUCUGGUGCUUCUGAGCUACUCGGCCAUCACAUGAUUUCUUACAUCAAAUAAAGAUAGAGUGAAAAUCG